UGUAGUUUCGCAGCUCGCUAGGCUUUGAGGAACUGAGACAACUCUUCAGUACGAGGUCUGAAAAAACAUCACCGUUUGGUCUGGCCGCUAUCAACAUUGCACUUCAAUAGGGCACUUGACCCCUGGGCUUCUCCAAGGAGGCUGACUGUCCCUUCAGCUAUAGCGAAGCCAAGCGAGGCAAUAUUUUGCAAACCAAGAAGUCACAAGGUGGGCAUCAUCUCACUAGUGACUCCAUCAUCUGCUGAUGAUGCUGGACCCCAGUCGCAACUCCGAAGCAGUACGGAAACAGCGCUGUCCGGGAAAUCCCGAUCGCCAUCUCCCCCUCCACCCCCCUUUACUAAUGUUACCGCACCUCCAACCUUCCCUCCCCCAGCCAGAGGAGUAGAAACAACAAGCCGCCAUUUUGUUUGUGCGGAGAGAGUGAAGGAGGCAGGAGCGACCGAAAAAAAGCCACUCGAGCGCCCGACCACUGCAACUCUGAGCGCCGCCGGCUCCGGCUCGCGGACCCAGACCGGAUAAAACACAAGCCCGGCGAUUAGCGGAGGCGACGGAGGGAGAUUACAGAUUCCCCCGUGUGCAAAUCAAAGAGCAGACCGGGUUUUCCUUUCUUUUGCUGUUCUUUUUUUAAACGAAGCGGAGAGGCGGAAGAGGGCAAUACAUUUAAACGAAGGGAAGCUCGUCAGGGGAAAAGGAAAAUAACAGCGUCACGAAGUGGGAAUAUCUGUGAAAUUACAUCGCCGGUUGCUGGCGGACGACGGCGAAAGUGGGGAAAAUUGCAGGAACUGUGCAAGAGAAGGGAUAAAUUUAAAAGGGAUGAACGCGCAGGGGGGUUCACAGCAUCACAAAGCCUAUGAAAGGGGUUUGAGGACCCCCAGAUUUUGGGGGGUGCAGCUGGCAAUAUCACCCGGAUCGGCAGAUGCUUCAGACCCGAAAUAUUAUUGAAGCCCAGCUCGGUUCGGUUCUGUUUUCGACCCACUACUGGCUGUUCCUCUCGCGCUUUCUUAAUGCUCCGCAAGGCUCUUCGUGCAGUGACAAAUUAUUCUUAUUUGCUUGAUGUGUCAGUGCAUUGAAAUACACGCAUAUGCAUUGACCAACUUCACUUGAUUCCCGUUCUUUAGCUCGUGCACAGCGUACUUGCGAGAUAACAUCGUCUUGCACUUCAGACCGACUGCAUGCAUGUUCCGUCCAUUAGACGGACACUUUUGAAAUCGUUUCUUUGCAUGCACGAGCUGUGCGCAGUGCAGGGUGGUCUCGUGAAGCGAUGGUCAGAGGUUUUCUGCAAACACUUUUAACUCGUGCAGCGGACACGUUCACACAGAGGGCGCACGAGCCAUAUUCAGAUACGAAUGCACAAUAAACCAUUUGACUUGUCACUUUGAAGUGUUGUUGCAGAAUGCUAAGACACGGACACUGAAAUAUGCAAGUUGUUUGGAAUCAUCUAAAGUGGUAGCUCGUGCAUGCAAACUGAAGUUUGGAUGCACAUUCAUCGCGUUAUUUAUUCUGCAAAGAGUACUGUCUGAUUAAGGAUGAAAGCAAACUUUUACAUGCAUAUGACUGUUUAAUGAUAUUUCCAGUAUUUAUUUGUGCUCUCCAUUCAUCUUAAUUAAUUGGGAGGAAAUAAAGACAUUGAUGAAGGAGAUUCAAACAUCUGUGUACGAUGGACUUGCAGUCUUCUAAAUAAAGUGAUGCAGGCUGAGAAUUGCACAGGCUACAAUGCAAAGAAAGACACGAUUCUGAAUCAUAGCGUUUGCUCAUAAGAGCGAGUUCGGGUUCUCGUACACAACGCCUUAAAAAAAAAAAAAAAACAACAACUAACAUUUCAGCUUGCCGCCGACAAUGGCGGAAAAGACGGAGGCAAGCAACGAGGAUAAAUCUCGGGAAAAUUGCUCAGUCGCCGAGGAGGCUACGUGAGUUUGCGGCGAGCUUGCAUGACCGUCUGUCCCUCCCUUCACCUCCUCCAUUCGGAAAUAUACUUUGAGGAACUAAAGACUAGAAAAUCUUAAAAGGGAGCUUUAAAGGUGGACUGAACAUUAAAGCUUUGCUUUGCAUUGCAUUGCAUGCAUGUAUCGUCCCAUGAAAAGGAAACGGGAAUCCGUCCGGUGCUCGUGAACGAGGAGAGAUUUCAUUUGCACAUCGGCUCGCGACUGCACAGGAAGGGCUAUCCUACGCGGGAUAUAUGCUUUAACACUAAACCGGAGGAAAACUAUGGCCGAUAAUGUGCUGGAAUCCGGCCCGCCUUCAGCUAAGAGGCCUAAAUUGUCCUCCCCGGCUCUGUCGGUGUCCGCGAGCGAUGGAAACGAUUUUGGCUCCCUGUUUGACCUGGAGCAUGACCUCCCGGAUGAGCUCAUUAACUCCUCCGACCUGGGCCUUCCUAACGGGAUGGACCCCGGCCAGUUGCACACCACUCUGGGUGGAGGAGGGAUAUUGGGCCCUCUGGGCGGCUCGGGCCAGGACACAGCAGCCAAACACAAGCACCUGUCUGAGCUCCUCCGCCCUGGCGCCCCUCCAUCCACCUCCACGGCCACCGGCAACCCCGGUAACGCACCCUCCCUGGGUAUGAUGGGAGGUCUGAGUGGCAACCCAGUUACUCAGGGACUGGGUGGCCCUCAACAGCAGCAGCCUGUCAUGGUGGCUGGACUGAACCGGGGCAUGAUGGGCGUCCAGAAAGGGAACGGACAGCCGCAGAGCAUGAUGGGAGGGCAGAUGAUGAAUGGUGCGCCUAGAAUGGGCUACGCCAAUGUGAACAUGAAUGCGGGCAUGGUUGGUAACGGGAAAAUGCUGCCCGAUGCUCUGCAGCAGCAGAACGCAGGGCAGCAGAUGGCACAGGCAGCAAUGAGACCGCAGCAACCAGGAGCAGUGAACAAGAUGGGAAUGAUGGGUACUCCAGGCCCCUACGGUAGUUCAUAUAAUCAGUGCGGAGGACAGUCCCUUGGGCCUCCGCUCCAAAACAAAGCGGGACAACCCAACAGCAUUAACCAGUUUAGCAUGGACAAGAAACCUCAGCAUGGGCAGACCAUGGGUGGCAUGCAGAGCUCAGGUGUGGUGGGUGGCGUAUCGGGCCCAGGUGGGCCGGCGGCGCCCCCUGCAGCGGACCCGGAGAAGCGUAAACUCAUUCAGCAGCAGCUGGUGCUGUUACUGCACGCUCACAAGUGCCAUCGCAGAGAGCAGGCCAACGGAGAGGUCCGCCAGUGCAGCCUGCCCCACUGCAGAACCAUGAAGAAUGUCCUUAAUCACAUGACGCACUGUCAGGCCGGAAAAUCCUGCCAAGUGGCUCACUGCGCGUCCUCCAGGCAGAUCAUCUCUCACUGGAAGAACUGCACACGGCAUGACUGUCCCGUCUGUCUGCCGCUUAAAAGCGCUGGAGACAAAAGAACCCAGCAGUCUCUGCUGGGAGGUGCUGGGAUGGGCAUGGGUGGUUCGUUAGGUGGGUCAUUACCCGGUGGUCAGCCUUCAGCCCCAAACUUAAACCCACCCAGUCAGAUCGACCCAAGCUCCAUUGAAAGGGCGUACGCCGCCCUUGGACUCACCUACCAGGGCAACCAGGCAUCCAAUCAGAAUCAGCAGACCUCUGUACCCGCUCAACCUGGCAUGAGGACGCUCAACAAUAUAGCAGGUGGGAACUCAAUGGGAGUAAACGGUGGAGUCGGCGCUCCGAUGACGAACCAGCAUCCAGGAAUGCUGCCUGACGGCAUGCUGCACAGGAACAUGACACCUCAGAGUCUGAUGAGUGAUGGCUCUGGUGUUGGUAACAUGGGUUCUGCAGCAACAGCCACACCUUCCUCUGCAGGAAUGAGGAAGAACUGGCAUGAAGACAUCACACAGGACCUCCGCAAUCACCUCGUACACAAACUUGUGCAAGCUAUAUUCCCCACUCCAGACCCUGCAGCACUGAAGGAUCGGCGGAUGGAAAACCUGGUAGCUUAUGCUCGCAAAGUGGAGGGUGACAUGUACGAAUCUGCCAACAGCAGGGCGGAGUAUUACCACUUGUUGGCUGAGAAGAUUUAUAAGAUUCAGAAAGAGCUGGAGGAGAAGAGGAGAACCCGACUGCAGAAGCAGGGUAUGAUGCCAGCUCAGCCUGGCAUGCACAACAGUGCUCUACCUCAAGCACCAGCUGGCAUGAAUCAGGCACCGCUGCCUAAUGGUCCCCAUUCGGAUCCGUCCCUAGUUCAAGCCGCUGGACCCAAUCAGAUGGUCAACCGCAUGCAGAAUCCUGCUGGUAUGGCACACUCACUAAAUGGUAUGAAUCAGUUUGCCCAGGUGGGAAUGCAACAGCCAAUGGGACAAAGGAGAACGCCGCCCCUGCCAAUGCCAAACCUCAAUCAGAUGGGUAUGCAGGGAACACCUCGAAUGACUCAACCCAACGUACCCCAAUUACAAAACCAGUACAUGCAGAACCAGUUUCCAGGCGCGGGUGCUGGACUGGGCCAGGGAGCAGUUGGCCUGAACCAACCUGCUGGGCAGGGAGCUAUGUCACAGAAUCAGAUGGCUACUCCACCAUCGCUGGCAGCCAGGAGUCCAGUAGCUCAAACCCAGACAGCAGUCUCAGGCUCCGCAGCCGCUGCUGGCCCUCAGGGGCCUCCGUCCAACCAACCCCCACCUGCCCCACAGCCUGGACUGCAUGCUCCCUGUCCUCCCUUACGCCAAAACUCCCCUUCUCCUGCACGCAGCCUCACCCCUACCCCUGCCCCGCACCAAACGCCCCCGCAGUUGCCGGGUAACCAGACCCCCCAGCCCCACACCCCCACUUCUUCGACCACUAUGGCCCCACCUGCAACACAGCUGCCCCUGAUGGCACAGGGGGUGGGCUCAGAAAAAGCCAGUCAGCUCCAGCAGCCGUCGCAUGGGGGCGGAGCCACUGGAGGCCCCCAAACAGGGUUAGCGUCAUCUGUGCCUUCCCAGAAUGCACACGGGCAUUGUGCACACCCACACACUCCUCUAUCCCAGAAGUCAUCUCUUACAGCAGACGGUCAGGCCUCAACUCCUGCUUCAGACAGCAGUGCUGACCCAAGUUCGCAGCUGACAUCAUCCGAACCCACUGCCCCACUCGACCCCAAAACUGAGGUCAAACAACAGGAAGAAGAAGAUGAGAAUGAGACAGAGGAUAAGGCCUCAGGGAAAAUGGCUGCCAUGCAGACUGAGAUUAAGAAUGAAGAAAAACCAGAGGUCGGCCACAUAAAGAAGGAGGAGCCUGCAGGCGAUGAAUGUAAGACAGAACCAAUGGAAACAUCAGUUGGGUCGACAGCCGAGGACAAGAAGCCAGAGAUCAAAACCGAACCCAAAGAGGAAGAGGCUGCGGGAACGAACAGCACUCCUGCAAACACACAAAACAAGAAGAAAGUCUUUAAACCCGACGAGCUCCGCCAGGCCUUGAUGCCCACUCUGGAAGCUCUGUACAGACAGGACCCAGAGUCUCUGCCCUUCCGGCAGCCGGUGAACCCCCAGUUACUGGGAAUACCCGUACGUAUUCGAACUAGUAACAAAACUAACCUGGACUACUUUGACAUAGUGAAAAACCCCAUGGACUUGUCCACUAUCAAGCGUAAGCUGGACACGGGUCAGUACCAGGAGCCCUGGCAGUACGUGGACGACGUGUGGCUGAUGUUCAAUAACGCCUGGCUGUAUAACAGGAAGACGUCACGGGUGUAUAAAUACUGCUCCAAACUGGCUGAAGUGUUUGAACAGGAAAUAGACCCCGUCAUGCAGGAGUUGGGCUACUGCUGUGGAAGGAAGUUGGAGUUUUCUCCUCAAACUCUGUGCUGCUAUGGCAAACAGCUGUGUACCAUCCCUCGAGACGCUGCGUACUUCAGUUACCAGAACAGUUCACCCAAAUAUGGGCUUCUUGCUGACAGGUACCACUUCUGUGAGAAGUGUUUCAACGAAAUCCAGGGGGAGAAUGUAUCCCUGGGGGACGAUCCAACCCAGCCUCAAACAUCCAUCAACAAAGAUCAGUUUCAAAGGAAAAAGAAUGACACCCUCGAUCCUGAACUACUGUUGGAAUGUGGUGAUUGUGGUCGAAAAAUGCAUCAGAUAUGCGCUCUGCACAAUGAGACGAUAUGGCCGUCGGGGUAUGUUUGUGAGGGCUGUCUGAAAAAGGCCAGUGCAACAAGGAGGGAAAAUAAAUACACUGCAAAGAGACUUCCUCAGACAAAGCUCGGCAACUUCCUGGAGACACGAGUGAACGAGUACCUGAAGCGUCAGAGUCAUCCAGAAACCGGUGAUGUCACCAUCCGUGUGGUUCAUGUCUCUGAUAAAAUGGUGGAGGUCAAACCUGGCAUGAAGUCUAGGUUUGUUGAUAGCGGAGAGAUGUCAGAGUCAUUCCCGUAUAGGACAAAAGCUUUGUUUGGAUUUGAAGAUAUUGAUGGGACAGAUGUCUGCUUCUUUGGAAUGCAUGUGCAAGAAUAUGGCUCCGACUGCCCUCCACCCAAUCAAAGACGUGUGUACAUCUCCUACCUUGACAGCGUGCACUUUUUUCAACCCCGUCAUCUGAGAACCGGAGUCUAUCAUGAGAUCCUAAUUGGAUACUUGGAGUAUGUUAAAAAAAUGGGGUUUGUCACUGGCCACAUCUGGGCUUGUCCUCCAAGUGAAGGUGAUGACUACAUCUUCCACUGCCAUCCAUCGGAUCAGAAGAUUCCCAAACCUAAACGACUACAAGAAUGGUACAAGAAGAUGCUUGACAAAGCAGUAGCUGAGAGAAUUAUACACGACUACAAGGACAUUUUUAAGCAGGCAACAGAGGAUCGUCUGACCAGUGCGAAGGAGCUCCCAUAUUUUGAGGGUGAUUUCUGGCCUAACGUGUUGGAGGAGAGCAUUAAAGAACUGGAACAGGAGGAGGAAGAACGGAAGCGAGAAGAAAACAACACCUCUAGUGAAAGCAUUGAGGCUACCAAUGGUGACAGCAAGAAUGCCAAAAAAAAGAACAGUAAGAAGACUAGCAAGAACAAGAGCAGCUUGAGCCGAGCUAAUAAAAAGAAACCGGGCAUGCCAAAUGUCUCAAAUGAUCUAUCCCAGAAACUUUAUGCUACAAUGGAGAAACACAAAGAGGUUUUCUUUGUCAUCCGUCUCAUUGCUGGCCCUUCUGUCAAUUCCCUUCCACCCAUUUUGGACCCUGACCCCCUGAUGGCCUGCGAUCUGAUGGACGGACGAGAUGCUUUCCUAACACUUGCACGAGACAAGCACCUUGAAUUCAGCUCACUGAGGCGGGCCAAAUGGAGCUCCAUGUGCAUGCUAGUAGAACUGCACAAUCAGAGCCAGGACCGCUUUGUCUACACGUGCAAUGAAUGCAAGCACCAUGUUGAGACACGCUUUCACUGCACUGUUUGUGAGGAUUAUGAUCUCUGCAUCACUUGCUACAACACUAAGGGCCAUGAGCACAAGAUGGAUAAACUUGGACUGGGUCUUGAUGACGAGAGUAACAACCAAGCUGCAGCCUCCAUUCAGAACCCUGGCGACUCGCGUCGUCUUAGCAUCCAACGCUGCAUUCAGUCACUGGUGCAUGCGUGCCAGUGUCGCAAUGCUAAUUGCUCUUUGCCAUCUUGCCAGAAGAUGAAGAGAGUAGUGCAACAUACCAAGGGCUGCAAACGCAAGACCAAUGGUGGCUGUCCCAUCUGCAAGCAACUCAUUGCACUAUGUUGCUAUCAUGCUAAGCACUGCCAGGAAAACAAGUGUCCUGUGCCCUUCUGUCUCAACAUCAAGCACAAACUUCGUCAGCAGCAGCUGCAACACAGGCUUCAACAAGCGCAAAUGCUGCGUAGACGUAUGGCCACCAUGCAGCGAGCAGGGCAGCCACCACCAUGUGGUGGUGGGCCUCCUGGAGGUCUACCAUCCCCUGGCAAUAAUGGGGCCACAGGUCCUAGCACACCUACUUCAGUCGGUACGCAACCUGCAACCCCUCAGACGCCCACACAGCUGACACCCAACCUUACGUCUCUGCCCCAGCCUGGUGUUGGUGGAGUCCCAGCUGGCGCCUCCCAGCAGCCUCCGCAGCAUCCCGUCCACCACCAGUUUCAACAGAUGCCAGGAGCAGGUGGGAUGAUGGCUUCACCGCAGCAUCAAAUUGUUCCUCAACAACCUGUGGGACAACUCUCGCAUCCACACAAUCAAUAUGGUCCCCAUACCACAGGUCCCUCCCCAAAUCCACAGUCGCAGGGUAAACCAAGCCUUGGUCCUGCAACUCCUCCUCAACUCCCCAGCAAUCCAGGCACAGCACCUAUGUCCCAGCAACAGCAACCUUCAGGUCCUCCGCCUGCAGCUGUGGAGAUAGCCAUGAAGAUCCAGCAAGUGGCAGAUGCACAGCGAAAGAUGGCACAGGUUCAGAUGCUUCAAAGGCAGGCUGCGCAAGCUGGCAUGAUGCCGCAGCACCAUCAGCAGCCACAGGGACAGAUGGGAGUAGCCCACCCUGGGAUUGGCAUGGUAGGGCCACAAGGAAUAGCCUCGCAGGCACAAGCAUCAGCUAACAGAGUGCAGAUGGAGCAGCAGCAAGGAUCUCAGGGAAUGAUGGUUGGAGCUGGGCCCAUGCAGCAGCAGCAACCCCAACAGGCAGUUGUACAAGGCCAGAUGCCACCACAAAUGCAUCUACAGCAGCCGAGAAUGAACCCACCACUUCAACCUCAGCAGCAACAGUGGCCGGGGCAGGUUAUGCCAACCCAGCAGAGACCUGCCAUGAUGGCUCAACCGGGAAUGGUCGCAAUGCAGCCCCCUCCGCAGCAGCAGCAGCAACAACCACAACAAAUGCAACAACAGCAAGCACCCCAAAUGCUGAAUCGAAAUGCCUUGAUGAGUAUGGUGCAGGCUGGUCUGCAGAGUGGCGUAGCAAGUGGGGCAGCAGCUGGCAAUCUGCCUCAGGGAGCCCUGCAGGAUCUUUUGCGGACCCUGCGAUCUCCAAGCUCUCCUCUACAGCAGCAGCAAGUCCUCAAUAUUCUUCGGUCUAACCCACAACUAAUGGCAGCAUUUAUCAAGCAGCGGGUUCACAAAUAUAAAGGAGGUACAGGUGGCCCCGCUUUACCACAGAGUGGGCCGGGACCUAUGGGAGGCCAGCCAGUGGGUGUCAAUACUGGGGUGUCCCAGCCUGGCAUGCACCUUGGACAGGGUGUUAACAUGCAGACUCAACUUCCUCAGCUCCAACAGCAGCAGCAAAUGCAACAGCAGCAGCAAAUGCAACAGCAGCAGCAAAUGCAACAGCGGCCGCUAUUGCAGCAGCAGCAGCUGCAACAACAGCAGCAGCUGCAACAACAGCAGCAGCAGCAAGUUGCUGCCUUGCAGCAGCAGCAACAACAACAACAACAGCAGCAGCAGCAGCAAGGAAUUCAGGGUCAGGGGGUUCCAAACAUGGCCAACAUGAAUCCACAGUUUAGAGAUCUGGUCAUGAGAAGGCAACAGCAACUACAGUUUCAGCAACAGCAGCAACAACAACAACAACAACAACAACAGCAGCAGCAGCAGCAGCAGCAGCAACAAAUGAGUAAUCACGCAGCAUUCCAACAGCAGCAAGUUUACAUGGGUCAGCAGGGUAACAUGCAAGUCCCGCCAGGUGGUCAACCGCUACAAGGUGUGCAACCUGGCCAGCAGCAGAAUUUUUCAAGCAAACCUGCGCAACAGCAAGCUGCGCAACAGCAAGCUGCAGCUGCCUUGCAACAGAGGCUUGCACAGCAACACCAGCUACAGAUGCAACAGCAGCAGAAUGCGGCAUCACAAGGCCCCGAUGUGGGGCACGGAGGAGGUCCCCAGCCCACACAAGGAGGUCCCAGUCUUCAGACAUCACAGGCAUUAUUGCAACAGGCCUUGCAUCAACGUAUGCUUCAACAGCAGCAACAUCUUAGUGGCACCUCACCGGCACAGCAGAACAACCCCAUGAGCCCACAGCAGCAUCAGAUGUCUCAGUCGCCCCAACACCAGCUACAGAUGCAACAGCAGCUGAAUGUGGCAUCGCAAGGUCCCGAUGUGGGGCACGGAGGAGGUCCACAGCCCACACAAGGAGGUCCCAGUCUUCAGACGUCACAGGCAUUAUUGCAACAGGCCUUGCAUCAACGUAUGCUUCAACAGCAGCAACAUCUCAGUGGCACCUCACCGGCACAGCAGAACAACCCCAUGAGCCCGCAGCAGCAUCAGAUGUCUCAGUCGCCCCAACACCAGCUACAGAUGCAACAACAGCAGAAUGCGGCAUCACAAGGUCCCGAUGUGGGGCACGGAGGAGGUCAACAGCCUACACAAGGAGGUCCCGGUCUUCAGACAUCACAGGCAUUAUUGCAACAGGCCUUGCAUCAACGUAUGCUUCAACAGCAGCAACAUCUCAGUGGCACCUCACCGGCACAGCAGAACAACCCCAUGAGCCCGCAGCAACAUCAGAUGUCUCAGUCGCCCCACUUGCAGGGCCAACAGCUCCAAUCCACCCUCAGCAACCAGGUCUCUUCCCCCCAGCCCUCCCCACGACCCCAGUCCCAGCCACCUCACUCAAGUCCAUCCCCGCGCCUGCAACCACAGCCCUCGCCCCACCACAUCUCACCUCAGACCCAAACGGGUUCCCCGCAUCCCAACCACCUUCAGCAGCAUCACUCAGGCAUGGCUCCACCUCCUCCACCUCCCCAACAGCCACAGCACAACUCUAAGGACCCAAGUGGAUUUGGUGCAGAUCAGAACACCAUGCUGUCUCAGCUCAGUGGCUUGGCAGGACUCCACAGACCUGGAGCUAAUGAUAUGUUGCCCCCUAGUGGCCAGGACCUUGCCAUUAACAUUAAUAACCCUUUAGACAUAUAGUUAUUACAGAAUUCACAAAACCUCACCAGAGACAGUGUUAGAUUUUUUUAAAUGCUUUGAAAAUGGACCCGCCUAGAGAGAUAGUAAAUAAGUAGAAGGGGUGUUUUCUUUUUUUUCUUUUGCCAGUUGUGUACAUAGAGAGGAUUGUUUCUCAGCCUCAGAGAACAAACCACAAGUAAUAUUUUCAACGUCAGGUCCUGGGGAGUGCUUUUCCUUUUUCAAGAGAUAUUUUUUAAGAUUUUAAAAGUGGUAUAAAAUUAAAGCGCAAAUGAUUAAGAACUUUUUUAUAUAUUGUUUCACCACGUACCAGUCUGUUCUGUGUUUUACAGAGUCAUAUGGAACAUUUCAAACGUUGUGAUGCCUAUAUUAUUAUAAUUAUCGGAACAUCAUGCAUAUCUUCCUUGUAAAUGUUGAGUUUUGCAUUUUAUUUAUUCUAGCUUUUUCAUUUGUUGUCAUGAUGGAUUUUGUUCAUGUGUGUUCCCAGAGACUGCUACAGUUCACAUAGAAUAUAUUUUUGUUAAUACCUAUUCAAAUGGGGAGCUAUUCCUUUACUUAAGCUGGAGAUUUAGGUUAUUGAGUAUAAUAUAAAUUACAGUGUUGGGGGAUCGGGUUUGGUGUGCGCUCUGCUGCCCAGUGGAUCUCAUUUCAUGCCAUAUUGGAAAUUCCAUUGGACAUCACUUCUUUUGCAACAGGACAAGUUCAUAGACGCACUCACCCACCCUCAGAAUGUUUGUGCACUCCUUAUAAGACUUACUGGAUAGUGGAGGUGUCUGUACUGGUUGGAUGAUAGUUUUGUGUGUGUGUGUAUGUAUGUAUUGGAUGUGGUGCCGGAGUUCUUCUCCUCUCGCCAAUAUCGUAUUGAGCAGUGUUUCACAUAUGAACUGUAUGGAGCAGUGAAACGAUGGAGAAGGAGAGGCAAGCCACUGAUUUUACCGUUUUCAUCCUUCUUCAGUGCCACUCCUACUUUUCCUCCACUUCCAGAAUUUUCUUUGCUCUGAACUUGGGGAGUUUUAUUUGAAUAUUUUGUACUGUACAAAGGAAACACAAACUGUGGACUUUUUUUUUUUUUUUUUAAAUAAAAUGAAGAUAACAAAAUU